ACAAAUGUCGGAACUCGUACACAACAGCCGAAUUCUUUCCUUAUAAAAAGCCUUCUCUGUUGGCCUUCUACAAGCUCUAGAGAGAGAAAUUAGCAAGGAGUUCUGAGUUUUUUUAUAGAGAGAGAGAGAGAGAGAUGGGAGGGUGUGCGACUAAACCGAAGGUCUUGAAGGAGUCGUCGGCUCCGGAGCCGGUGAAGGAGGAGAAAGCCGGUGCAGCUGAAGAACCGGUUAAGAACGAGAAGGAGGCGGCCGUUGUUGUCGUUAGCGUUAACGAGGAGGAGGCUGAGAAGACUGAUAAGAAGGAGGAAGACGAUGAUCAUAAGGUCAAGGAGAUUGUUGAUGAUGACAAAGUUGACGACCAAGAUAUCAAGCGCCGUUCUCUCAGCCACUUGUUCAAGGAGAAUGAAGAAGGGAAGGGUUCAACUGAUGGUAAACCUGCAGUGGAGCCAGUACUAAAACAAGAAGAAUUAUCAGUGACAAAAGAACCAACAGAUGAAUCUGAGACCAAGCUUUCGGAGGUUGAGAAAUCUGAAAUUUUGGUAGAACAGAUCGCCGUCCCUGACAAUGAUGCCCUCGAGAAGGCCGCCGAAACAGAGAAAACAACUGAAACGGCACCAGCUGCAGAGGGCAAAACUGAUGAAACAUCCGAGGACAAGAAAACACAAGACCCAGAUGUUGCUGAUGCUCCUAAGGAGGCUGAAACCCAAACCAACGAGAAAACAGAAGAGAAGGCCGAAACACAGGCAGCUGCAGAGGACAAAACAAAUGAAACAUCCGAGGACAAGAAAACAGAAGACCCAGAUGUUGCCAAUGAGGCUGAAACCCAAACCAACGAGAAAACAGAAGAGAAGGCCGAAACACAGGCAGCUGCAGAGGACAAAACAAAUGAAACAUCCGAGGACAAGAAAACAGAAGACCCAGAUGUUGCCAAUGAGGCUGAAACCCAAACCAACGAGAAAACAGAAGAGAAGGCCGAAACACAGGCAGCUGCAGAGGACAAAACAAAUGAAACAUCCGAGGACAAGAAAACAGAAGACCCAGAUGUUGCCAAUGAGGCUGAAACCCAAACCAACGAGAAAACAGAAGAGAAGGCCGAAACACAGGCAGCUGCAGAGGACAAAACAAAUGAAACAUCCGAGGACAAGAAAACAGAAGACCCAGAUGUUGCCAAUGAGGCUGAAACCCAAACCAACGAGAAAACAGAAGAGAAGGCCGAAACACAGGAAGCACUUGAAACUAAAGCAGCUAAAGAGGCAAAAAACGAUGAUGCAUCUGAAGAAAAGAAAACAGAAGAGAAGGGGAGUGUUGAAGAAAAAGCCAAUGUGUGAUGGAAAAGGUCUUCUUGGCACGAUAAUAGGCGAAAGGUGACAAUGCAUUUGCCUCUUUAUUCUACAGGGAAGGCUGCCCUAGCGAUCGCAUGAUCACAAAUAAAGAUAAGUUCAUUGGUGCAUAUGGCAACCUAUUUAGAGGCGCUGUUUGGAGUUGUUUCUUUUCCUUUUGUUACAUGUCAUUCUUCUUUCCUCAGUUCUUUUCCUCCCCAUCUGUUUUCUUUUUCUUUUUUUCUUGUUCUUUUUUUUGGUUCUUUCGUUUUAUCUUUUCUGCAUGUAGACAUAGAUGGGUAAUAACUUUGUAGAGGUCUGCUUGUCUUCCUAUAAAAGGAAUGCUGUUUAAGUUUUUGCUGGCGAA